AUGCAGUUAACCUGGCAACCACCCCAGAAUUACCGCAGCCGCCCGGUUGUCGUUCUCGGUGCGGGCGUACUUGGACGUCGCAUAGGUAUGCAACUUAACCAAAAUGCGAGAUGCAUCUGGGCCUCCGCCGGCUACGAAGUCCGCAUCCGCGACCCAAGCGAACAACAACGCGCCGACGGCCUAGCAUACAUCGAAGAGAACGUCGAUUCAUACGCACAGAAAACAGGCCAAAAGCCCGGGAAAUACUCCGCACACCAAGAUAUGGAAGAUGCCGUCUCAAACGCCUGGCUAGUCAUCGAAGCUGUUCCCGAGAAGCUUGAGCUGAAGAUCGCCACAUUCGCCGAACUGGAGGCCCUCGCGCCGGAGGAUUGUAUCCUCGCAUCGAAUUCAUCCUCGUACAAAUCGUCGGAGAUGAUCGAGAAAGUGUCCGACGCGACUAAGGCCCGCAUCCUCAAUAUGCAUUAUUAUAUGCCCCCGGGUUGCAUGAUUGUUGAACUUAUGACGGAUGGAUAUACGGAUGAGGGCGUCUUCCCGUUUAUGGUUGAGAGGUCAAAGGAGGCUGCUACCUUGCCUUAUGUGGCGAGGAAACAGUCUACUGGGUUUAUCUUUAAUAGGCUGUGGGCUGCUGUUAAGAGGGAGGUUUUGACCAUCUUGGCCGAGGGGGUUUCUGUCCCUGAGGAGAUUGAUUCUAUGUGGACUGAGAUGUUUAUUAAGCCGCGGAAUUUGCCGUGUAAGACUAUGGAUCAGGUUGGUUUGGAUACCGUUGCUUUUAUUGAAGGUCAUUAUGUUCAGGAGCGCGGACUCUCGCCAGAGAAGACCGUUGACUUCCUGAAGCGGAACUAUCUGGAUGACGGCAAGCUGGGUAAUAAGUCUCCUAAGGGUGGUCUUUACUCUCCGGUCGAAGACAAGAAAGAUAUCGUGGACGACAAGACCACAGCGCCGGAAUUAUUGGUUCUGGACAUUGGACUCUCCGCCGCCAACCCUACCACCACAUCGGGUGAGGUACUGAAACUGUCCUCAGAUGGAAAGAUCCAGAAAGUCCUUGUACCGAAUCAGUCUCUACCUGAUGGCAUUGCCGUGGACACUACAACCAGCCGGAUGUUCUGGACUUGCAUGGGCGUACCCGGCAAGGAUGAUGGCGCAGUCUAUUCCGCCAACCUGGACGGCAGUAGUAUCCAGACGGUAGUCCCUCAAGGCAGAGUCAACACUCCGAAACAAAUAACGAUCGAUGCCGAGGCGCAGAAGGUCUACUUCUGCGACCGUGAAGGAUGCCGCGUCUGGCGCUGUGGUUAUGAUGGAUCCGAUCUCGAGGCUGUGGUCGACAGAAGUGACUCGAAGGAUGCGAAAGACAAUGCAGUUUCCGACUGCUCCUGGCCUGGGCAAGUUCUACUGGACACAGAAGGGCCUUCAAAGAGCGGAAAGGGUCGCAUCUUCUGUGCCAAUAUCGCCACCCCUGAGGGACAGUCGGGAGCCUCAAGAGACGAUAUUCAGCUGGUGCUGGGUGACCUCCCGGAGCCGAUUGAUCUCGAGCUGGAUGAGAAGUCUAACACACUCUACUGGACGGAUCGCGGUGAGGUUCCGCUGGGUAACGCGCUGUUCAAGGCACAGCUGGAUGAGUCUGGUCUUCCGGUACCGAUCAAAUCUGAUAAGAAGUACGAGAUGUUGACAAAGCAUUUGAAGGAAGCGAUUGGCCUGAAGCUGGACCUCGGUAACGGUCACAUCUAUCUUACCGAUCUCGGCGGCAACAUUUAUCGCUGCAACUUGGAUGGGAGUCAUAAGGAGAAGAUCCAUUCAGAUGACUACCGGGCUUUCACGGGAAUUGCCCUUCUGUGA